AAGUAACUUAUAAUAAAAGUAAAUAAAUUCAUUUCAAAAUAUAUAAAAAAUGAUGUAUACUUUUAUUAAUUUUCAAACUUUAAGAUAUACGACAAAUAAAAUUCCAAUAUUAUUAUUUCGUAACAAAACUAAUGCAUGUGCUUCAAAUGAAUUAACAGAUCUGAUAGAUCCAGAUAUGCCAAUUUCGAUUGAAAAUCCAUAUAAAAAAAAACAGCAAUUAUGUAUUUUAUGUGAAUUAAACAUUGAACCUGAUUAUAAAAAUGUACGUUUAUUAUCUCAAUUUCAAAGUCGUUAUACAGGUAGAAUUUAUGAAAAACAUAUAACUGGAUUGUGUGAAUACAAACAGAAGAAGGUAGAACAAGAAAUAAUAAAAGCACAACAUGCUGGUUUAAUGGGUUAUAUGACUAAGGACCCUAAAUUUUAUCAUGAUCCAAUGUUAUUUGAUCCUAAUUUUCCAUUUAAACCACAUAAAUAUUAAAUGUGAAAUACAAAUUAAAUUAAAUAUAUAUAAAUAUAUAUUAUAAAAAUAUAAAAAAUAAAAUAUUAUUAUAUA